AUGGAAAAGGGGGGUGGAAGGCCAAGGGAUGAUGUGUGGCAACACGUUGAGUUAUUGGAGGGAGGACGAAGGGUGAAGUGCAAAUAUUGUGGCCGGGAAUUUGCAGCGAGUGCUAACAGAAUCAAAUCUCAUAUUAAUGGAGACAAGGGCAAAGGUAUUCGAGUAUGUCCAAAAUUGGUUUCAGACAAAGGGAACUCCAAUGCUCUCACAGACAACCUCCCACAUUCUCAACGAGGGCAAAUCCAAGCUGAAGCUAACUAUCAGGAAAUGAUUCAAGUUGGGUCGUCAUCUGUUUCCGUUAGGGAGAAUGAAAAGCAAGAAGGCAAUAAAAGAUUACGGGUUGAUGGAGCCAAUAGACAUGGUCCUUUAGAAAAAGGUUAUAUAUUGCCUACAACAGAUUUAAUAGGGGAGGAGUUUCAAAAGUAUACUCAACAAAUAUGGGAAUGGAUAAUGGGUGAUGAGGUGUCAGCAAUUGGAGUUUGGGGAAUAGGAGGCUCAGGAAAAACAGCUUUAGCAGCCCAUAUUCAUGACAAGCUUUUAGAAGAAGCUAAUGGUGACAUUAAAGUUAUUUGGUUGACCGUAUCACAAAAUAUCAACAUCUACAAGUUGCAAAAAGUCAUAGCUAAAUCAAUUAAGUUGGAUAUAUCUGAUGAGUUUGAGGUUAAAAGAAUUGCCAGAAAAUUAUUGCAAUCAUUCAAAGAGAUGAAAAAAUGUGUCAUUAUUUUAGAUGAUGUUUGGGAUCAUUUCUUUCUAAACGACAUCGGAUUUCCUAUGUUAGAUAAUCGAAUUAAAGUGAUUUUGACCACCCGUAUAAGAGAAGUGUGUCAGGGUAUGGGUUGUGAGGAGGUACUAAAAGUGGAGCCUCUAGAUGGAGAUGAUAGUUGGGCUUUGUUUGCUAAGGUUUUGCGAUUAUUUGGUGAAGAACUGCCUUCAGAACUGGAAAACAUUGCAUGGAAUGUGGCACAAAAAUGUGAGGGUUUGCCCCUAGCGAUUGUUAGAAUCGCCACAAGCAUGAAGGGGAAAACGCAGGUUGGAGAAUGGAGUCAUAUGUUGGAAUGUCUUGCAAACUUGGGCAAUGGGCAAUAUGAAAUGGACAAAUGGGUGUUUCCAGUUUUGAGAUCUAGCUAUGAUUUCUUAACUAACAAAUUGCAAAGAUUCUUCCUGUAUUGCGUCUUAAGUACUGAUGGAUUUUUUUAUGAUGCGGAUGCUGAUCAUUUGAUAAGAAGGUUUGCUUAUGAAAGCAUUGAUGAGACAAAGAAGUUGAGGGUGCAGUAUAACGAAGGUUACAACACGUUGUAUAAAUUAAAAGAUCAUAGCAUGUUGGAUUAUUAUUAUGAUGGAUGGAUGAUAAAAAAAUUUCUUAGAGUCCUAGCUACUGGUAUUGUAGAAGACACUGGUAAAAUUAUGGGAAAAGCUUGUAAGAAUUUGACAGAAAUACCGAGUGAUGACCAAUGGAAAGAAGAUCUACAGCAAGUUUUUCUAACGGGAAACCAUAUACAAACAAUUCCAAAUGGCACAUGUCCUAAGUGUACUCAACUUUCGAUGUUGGUUUUGAAUUAUAAUAUAAAACUCAACCACAUCACGGAUGAGUUUUUCAACAAUAUGCCCGCUCUUAAAACACUUGAUUUGUCUAAGACUGCAAUCCAGCGUUUGCCUGAAUCGGUAUCCAACUUAAUAUAUCUCAUUGCAUUGUUACUUUCAGGAUGUGGGCAAUUGAGGUACAUUCCUUCAUUAGGAAAAUUGAAACGGUUAAUAUCACUGGAUCUAUCUUGUACUGCCAUCGCUGAGGCACCUUUGGGUUUGGAAUCAUUGAUCAAUCUUAGAAGCCUGAAUCUACUCGGGACUGAUAAGUUGGUAAUAUCACCAUCGCUCAUAUCCAAACUGAUCAAUUUAGAGUGUCUUGAGUUGGGCCGGGCCCAAUGCUUAACGGACGCCUUAGUACAAAGGGCACAAGGUUUGGGAAAGUUAGAAGUUACACGUGCCUACUUUCAUGACAUUAGCAUCUUCAAUGCCUUCAUGAGUUGCCCCUUUUGCUCCUCUUCCCGACUCGUUGGACGUCUACGCCUCUGGGAAAUGAACGACUUGAAAGAUUUGGUGUCGCCAUCUGCUGAUUCCUUGCAUCAGUCCACCCUAUUUUCUCAUCUCACACAUCUCCGAAUUUCGGAAUGUGGCAGCAUGAAGACUCUGAUGCCGUUUAGGUUAUUGGCACUUCUACAAAACCUGCGCACCAUUUGCGUUCAGUUUUGUAGGCGGAUGAAAGAAAUAGUUGGAGAGGAUCAUUCUGUAAUGGAACUUACUGCUAGUGGCGACCUCAGGGCCCUCUCUCACCCUACUAUCACUCUUCCCAACUUGACAUCUCUGGAAUUAGACAAAAUGCCAGAAUUAGAUUUCGUAUACAGGGGCAUCAUGCUCUGCCCUUCUCUCCAAAAAUUCGAUGCUUAUUUUUGCUGGAAACUAAAUCCCCCUCAGAUAGCGAUCUCAAAUAAUGGAAGUGUGCUUCUGAUGGAGAAGAACUUAUGGGCUAAUUACCAUUGGCGAAAGUGA